GGUAUACAUAAAAUGGGUCGUAAACGGUUGAAUGUUGCCAAAAAACGCGUGCUUAAGCAGGCCGCGAACAAAAAUCUUAGUUUUGUUGUGCAGUCACUUCCAGAAUUGAAGCAAGAACUGUUGGAAAACCCAGCACAACGAAAAGGAAAGAAUGCAAAAAGUGAGAAACCAAUUGACCUGCAGUGGGAGCCAUCAAGCUCAGAAAUGAUAAUGGUUCCAGAAUACAAUUUUGAGAGUAACGUCGGUGCAGAAGAGAUUGACAUGGUUGAACCGACGUCGUCGGCACCACCCCCGCAGGCCACACGCACAUACAGCCGCAAAAAAUCUAUUGAGCAACUGCUCCAGGAGUGGGAAACUGUCCCAUGUGCAUCAAACAACGGUAUUCCUGAAAACUCAAUUCAAAUCGUACACGUUGAGCAACUCUACGAUAAGGGAAAUGGAGCUUGUGGAUCGUCGCCAGAAGUUGUUAUUGUGAAUACUCAAUCAGAAUGCUCGUGUGGGAAGUUGGAUGAGGUUGAGAACUAUAAGAAAUUAUCGGAGUCCCUGCAGAAGGAGAAGGAUGCUUUGCUGUUGAGAAAUGCACAACUGGAAGCCCAGAACGCAAAGCUGCUGGAUUCUUUGACUUCGAAACUUCUGCCAACACCUGAGAAGCCAUUCAAGGAAGAGGAAGGAUUCCUAGAUUGUGAAACGCUACAGCGGUUGUCUCACGAAGCAGGCGACAAGGAUUAUUUGUUUGUGAAGUUUCUGAUGAUGCAGCUUUUCCCGGAUGGUUUUGUUGGACGUUCGGUGACAGGCCGUCGAUCGAACAAUCCAUCCGGUCGCCCAAAGAAGAAGGAUGCAGUUUGUCCAGUUGAAAAUACACAUGAUACAGGUGAUGGUGAAGCAACGGGUGACGAAACUGAAGGAGAAACUGCAAAAGUGCCGUUGGACCCAGUAAAAGUGCGAUGGAUAAAAAGACGCCUUUACGAUCGUCGCAUUUUUCUUCGUGAUGACUCUGCUACUGCAAAUACAUGCUACAAAAAUGCAGGACGUCUGAUGACACGAGUGAUUGCCAAUGCUUCGCGAUAA